GCGAACUUUCACCCGGACGGUGGUCCCGCGCGGCGCCAUUUACGAAGUUGUCACGCGCUCUCGUCGCCGAGGUGGUGUGACGCGCGCAGGAGUGAAGCCUCGCUCUUCGGGAAUAUACGCGCGCGUGGUGCAAAGAGAAGGAGAAAACGCCGGCGGAUGUGCGGUUGAUGACUUUUUGAAGCUGCGUACCGGGAAUCGUCUCUGUGCAAUCGCUUGCCGAGAGAACAUGGGAACUGACCGGAGCUGAAGAUCGCGCGGGGAGGCAAGAUCGGCGGAAGGAGCGAUGUCGUCCUCCCUUCGCGGACGGUCCCGCGGGAGCGAAUUAGAAUCGCAUCGCGCCGAGUGGCGAGGUUGAUUUGAUCAAUUUCGGAGUGCGCCUCACGGGCAGACGCGCGGAUGGAAAAACUGUUGGAAAAUACAGAAACUGUGCCCGACGACGAGGAGCGGUGCUGUCUCUAAUUUUCAUUUCACCGCCGCCGAUUGUGCGCCACACAGGCCCCGCUCCGCCGGUCUAAACCGCGCUCGCGUUUUCGGUCGCUCGAUCGCGCGCGAUGAAACCAGCGGCCCGGAAGAGUUUCGAUGCUGUCCCCGGAAUUGCGGCGAGCCGCUCUUAACCCGGGUCGGGCCGCGAAGGACGAAGAGGAGGAUCGCCGGCGACGCAGGUGGGACGUCGCGAGGGAAAUACCGGGCAAUAAUCGCGCCAAGCCGAGUUCGUGCGAGAUCCGCGGAGGGUGCGCGAGCGCCGAGCGAUGGAUCUUGCGCUGCUGCUGCUCGUGAUGCUGCUGAGGCAAGAGGUCGCUGCUCUGAAGCUACUUCACGUAAAUGUCCCGGCAUACACCCUCAGGGGCGACGAGGCGACUCUGGAAUGCAGGUACGAUCUGGAGACAGAGAAGCUCUAUAGCAUCUCAUGGUACAAGGACAACGAGGAAUUCUACAGAUACGUGCCCCGAACGGAGCCCAAUAAGCACAGCUAUCACGUCGAAGGUGUUAAAGUUGAUCAUCGAAAGUCGGAUCGUGGGAAGGUGGUGCUGCAGGACGCGAAUCUCCACACCAGCGGCAAAUACAAGUGCGAAGUUAGCGCGGAGGCGCCCAACUUCCACUCAGUUAACGGCGAGGCGAGCAUGGAGGUCAUAGCCCUGCCGCUGGAGAUGCCGACGAUAACCGGCGAGGAGAAGGUGUACGCGAGCGGGGACGUGCUCGCGCUGAAUUGCACCAGCAGCAAGUCUCAUCCUGCCGCGCGGCUAAAAUGGUUCGUUAAUGGCCAGCAGGUGAAGCCCGAUUCGGAAAUGGUGUUCGAGCAACACGGACUGUUGUCGACGAUAUCGAGUCUGCUGCUCGAGCUAAAACCGGGUCAUCUCGCCAGCGACAAGAUAAACGUCAGGUGCGAGGCGACGGUGCGAUCGACACACGGCAUCGACGAACCGUUCGUCGACACACGCAACACCGAGGUCUUCGUUCAAGGCCACGCCACCCUCACGACACCCUCGCUAUGUCUGCUGGUGGCUACGCUGCUGCAACUGUUCCUCCUGCCACCGGUGUAGGUCUCGCCGACGCGACCACGUCGUCGGGAGGACUCUGGCAGAGNGGGGGGGGGGGAGAACAGGGGGGAAGACGGACCACGACGGAGGGAAACGAGAGACUUUCGACGGACGUUUCGUAACGAAAGACAAUCAUACCUUAAUAUGGAGCGAACCGCCACGGCAAAUCGGGGGACGAGCCCGUCGGUCGUUAAUGGCGCCGGUGGCAGCACGUCUCAGCGAUUUGCGCGGCGAAGGAAGGAACGAACGAACGAACGAGCGAACGAACGAACGGACAUCGAUCUCGCCGUUGAUCUCGAUGACACUUCUCCCCCCGCUUCCCCGGCACGCGUAAUCCUAGAUAGUUUAAUUAACCGCGGAGAGAAAUACGCGAUAAAAGCAAGAAUCUAAUAAGAAAAGAAAAAGGGAAACACGGACAAAGUUCUCGCAUGUACGAGGAACUCUUCCUCGGCGCUCGUCGAUUCCGCCGGAGUCGAUAUCCGCGUCGUUACCCGUGAAAUAAAUUCGAAUCGGUGCGCUCGGUGGUUCAAACUCCCAGCGACGCGAGGGACGAACUUUUCCAACUUUGCAUCUUAGUGAUAUACUUAGAGAAUGAACUGAUUAUACUAAUUAUAGCCGCUCGGUUAUUACGGAAAGUUGGGUCGUUAUAAAAAGGGACUUUGCGCGCGCGCACAAAUGCGAAAUUAUCGUAUAUUCGCAAGCAGAUUUAGGAUUAAACGCCAUUAACAAAUCAUGAUAAUGGGAUUUAAUCUCACCGAGCCUGAAAUUAAAUUAUUAUUCCAUUAGCAGAUAUUCAUCGAAAAUCAGUAGAAAAAAACACACGAAGCAACGAUCCCCGUUUUCUUCGGGAGUUUGAACCCCGCGAGCCUCCAUCUUCCACAUGUCGCGUUCCGUUGAUAAUUCAAUGAAAGAAAAAGAAAAAAGGUAGAACAUACGGGACGACCGGAGUCGGUGGUAUGAAAAAUGUGAUUUUUCGCCGAAGUGAGAGAAAACGAGUAAGUACCUCAUCGUGUCGUCAUCGAAGAUAAGCUUAAGCCGACGAUGACACGAUCCUCUGUCGUCGCAUCUAUCCGCGCGAGUAGAAAAUCCGAGAAUAAAAACACAAAAGUUCUACGAUGUAUACGAUCGUCCGCGGAGGAGAAUGUCACGGAGAAUUAGCUUUAAAAGGCGGGAGAGAACAAUUUCCCGCGCAAGACUAACAAUCACUUCGCGCGAUUCCUCCUCGCAAACAUGAGUCCGCGAAAUCGCGCAGCAGAGGUAGAUCUGUUUGUCGCAAGCGUCGAGGUAGUCGUACCUCCGGGAACUCACUCACUCUCUCCCUCGACGUGAUAUCGUUAUCGGUAUGAUAAUGAGCGCGUGGUUGUCGCGAGAGACGCGAUCAUUACCGAUCGCGCCGGCCGAAAUGUAAAUAUAUACACGAUACUUAGGUAGGCACGUUUUCAUCGAACCCCCGUCGUAAGCUUCCCUCGUUCUAAUUAUAACUUUUAAUUGGUACGUGUGAUUAAUGUAAGAAACCGAGAAGAAAUCCGAAUAUCCGAUUGCACGGACGCCCCCAUCUGCCCCCUCCCCCGCUCCCUUCUGAGUGCGUACGGUAAUACGAUAUUACGCACGAACCCGCUGUACGGAUUAGCGAGAGGAAGUUCUUGGUUAUAACAGGGUAAGCGGUAAUUCCGUGCAGUCCUAUGCGAAGGAUCCGGGAUGAAUCUACCACUGUCAUCGUCCCGCUGUUUACCCUGCGAUAUUCGCGAGAUCGUGCGAGCGCAUUUAAUACGAAACAAACACGAGAAUCGUAGCGCGUGCGUGAAUAGUGUUUAUUUUUUUUAUCGUAUAAAACACACACCCACAUUCACAGAUGCACACAUCUACACACACACGC